UACAGAUUUCAAGUAGUCGUCGCGAAAAAAACAUAUACGACGUAUUCAAACGAAAAUGAACAUGUUGGGGAGCAACUGUUAGAAGACCAGAGAAAACGAACUAGAGAAGGUGAAACUAUAACUUUGGAUACGAAAAAAGCAAGUAUAGCCAAAACGUUUAACGUUUCCUUUGAUGAAUAUACUGGCCCCAGCGAAAAUGAUAGAAUUGAAAUUCCCGAUGAUUCUGAAAUUCUCGACGUGGAACCUUUGUCAGGCUGGGAAUUCGAUACACUGAUGCCAAGCUGGUUAAAAAAAGCGAUGGAUCGACACAAAACAUUAACAACCGCGCAGACAGAUCCUUUAGAAAAAUUCGAACUAGCAAAACAGUAAGUGAUCAAUCUGGUGGCGAAUCAUAGACGCAUCAGAUCCGAAAAUUGUACAGGAUUUCAUACCCGAAGAAGAAUUUUCAGAACUUAAUGCCAUAUGAUUGGACAGUGUUAGAGCCUGUCGCUGAAAGAUGUUUGCAAUCUCUUGCAAAGCUGAAUAAUGAACAGAUCCG